UGUUAAGUCAGAUGAGUGAAAAUGAGGUUAUUAAUCUUUCUCUGCACUGUUAUUGGGAUUUUUGCUAAUCAGGAAGAAAAAGUUGAAAAGAAUUGUAUCGCAGAACCCGCAGAAGGACAAUGCACUGGAAAUGACGCAUCCUAUUUCUUUUUUCCUGAUGAAAAUAAGUGUUUCAAAGGAUGUGGACAAAAUGGUAACAGUUAUGCUACCCACGAAGAAUGUAUACAGGCUUGUAAAAAGAAAAGAACAGAUUGUCCUGAAAAUUCAUUCUUUUACGAAUGUGGAUCUCCUUGUGAAAAGACCUGUGAAAAUUAUGAUGCAGAUAAUGUAACUUGCCCUCCAGCGAAAUGUAUCGUGAAAUGCAUCUGUAUGACUGGAUAUGUAAAAACUAAAGAAGGAAAAUGUGUAUUGACCCGUGACUGUCCAGACAAUUAAAAGGAUAAGAGCACAUCAAUGUAGCUCUAGUGAUCUGUUAAUAAUAAAAACUUGA